AUGGUUUUGGCCUUAUUGAUGAUCGAUUCGUGUCGAGGAUCGCCGACACGGCAUCUCGUUUGCAGUGAUCUAUUGAACUUGUAUAAGACAAUGCCUAUUUUGAUCAAGACGAUAGAACCGGACGAAUGCCAAAACGCGGAGACAAGUUGUUUCUUGGCGACCAGUUUGCUUUUGGAGAAAGCACGAGAGAGAACGUCUCAAUUGAGGAAAAAGCUCAGUUGCCUUCCAUCAGCUCCUGAAUUGGUCGUUUAUGACCAAGAAGAGAUCUGCUCGUUGAUCGAGUCGGCUCCAUUGUAUUCAACAAAACUUCUUAAGCGUUUUGGCGACACGGAGUUUGGCGCUUUGUGUAAGCAAAUCUCGUCGGAUUUUCAACCGUUGUUCGCUGAGAAAUUGACGCCAAUCUACAAGCGUUUAUCAUGCGAGUACCGAGAAGAGGGAAAUCAGGAAAAA